CUCAGCACACACGACUCUGACGGCGUCGUCCUCGUUCUGGAAUGUAAACUUUUUCGGAAUAGCUCGACCUGAUGCAUCGAAGUCGAAAAGCUCUCUACACAACGAAAAUGGUCAUCAACACGCACAAUUCCCUGGUCACACCGCUAUUACCUGGUUGCAAGGACUGCUUCACGGUCCAAACCAUACUCGGCGCUGCACUCUAGCCUCUCAUAAAGCUCAACCCGUUCGCGUCGCCACUUGGUCUUGGUCGUCUCCAUGAUCUGAUACUUUGAACCCGUCUCUGUGCGCUCCACACGUUUCGUGGGCCACAUCUCGAUAUCGGCAUCAAGGAGUCAACCGCCACAAUGGGGCAGGACAGCGCGUAUGUCGUGGUGCUUUAUUACAAGUACGUGCGUCUUUGUGAGACGCAAGAAGAGCUGAAAGUCGUUGCGGAGGCCCAUGAACAACUGUGCUCUUCCCUGGGCCUCACUGGUCGCGUGCGUCUCGCACUCGAAGGCAUCAACGGAACGCUGGGCGGUUCUAGCGCCAGUGUGGAGAACUACAUCGACGCAAUGAAGCAGCAACCGCAAUUCACCGACGUGGACUGGAAGACCAGCUCGUCACAGGUCGAGCCAUUCCCUGAGCUACAAGUGCGUGUCGUAUCAGAGAUCGUGGCUCUGGAACUGCCGGGCGACGCCUACGACUUGAGUCUACGGGGCAAACACUUGACCCCAGAGCAGUUCCGGGCCGAGCAAUUAAGCUCUGACCCCGAGUCUAUCGCUCUCAUAGACGUUCGCAACACGUACGAGUUCAACGUCGGCCACUUUACGGGGGCCUUGAACCCCAAGACUCGUCGCUUCGGACAGUUCCCGCAGUGGGUUCGAGACGAGUUGCCUAUGCUACAACAGAAGGACAAGGUGCUCAUGUACUGCACAGGCGGCAUCCGGUGCGAGAAGGCUUCAGCUUAUCUGAAGCACUUGGGACUGGAGAACGUCUAUCAGUUGGAAGGAGGUAUCCACCGCUACCUCGAGCGCUUCCCAGACGGCGGGGGUCUCUUCCAAGGCAAGAACUUCGUCUUCGACCAGCGCGUGACCAUGGCGUCCGAGGACAAGACGGUCACAGGACAAUGCGAGCGCUGCCAGAUGCCGCACGAUACGUUAUCGGGCACCCGGUGCGCUUACUGCCGCAUGCACGUUUUGCUCUGUGAAUCGUGUCGCGAGAGUGCGAAGGCCCGUGGAGAGACCGACGAUGACGUGUUCUGUGACGAACACUCGCCGUUGGUCUCCGGAUCACUGGGAGACCUUGAAAUGCGCGUCAAGGCGCUCCAAGACUCGCUGUUGAACGAGCAGGGUCGAGAGAAGAAGGGCCGUCGUCGCUCACUACGCAAGCAGCUCGAUACUGUCCAGCGCCGGAUACAACGCCUUGUUACCGCUUAAACUACUGUCUAACAUGACACAGCAUGAUGCCGACAAUUGACUUGCUCUUGAGCCUGCUCCUCGCGUAUCCAUUUUCG